AUGUGCCUCUGUAUCAGUAUUUAGUAGCCUUUAUUCUAGUAUAAAUCAUUUAUCUAAAAUAAUGAAUUAUAUUUAUCUAAGAAUCUAUUGAUGGAUAUUCAGAUCAUGCUGAAUAAAAAGAGUAGACAUAUGUUAUUGAGAAAGAUGAGAAAUUAAAUCCUGUAUAAGCUGUACAAUAAGAAAAUAUAAAUUAAAGAUUGACAGCUGAUUAAUCAAAUAGAAUAUGGGAAGAAUUAUAUAAAGUGAUUGAUUCAUCUGAUGUAUUGGUUUGUAUUCUAGAUGCAAGAGAUCAUAUCAUUUAGAAAAUAAUAUCAAAAAGAAUUGUCCACAUAAACAUUUAGUAAUGUUUAUAAAUAAAUGUGUUUUAAUACCAACUUGGUUAACAUCGAGCUGAGUUCAAUAUUUAAAAAAAAGAAUAUCCUACUGUUGCUUAUCAUGUAAAUGUUAAUAAAGCUUGUGGUAAAAGUCCAUUUAUAAAUUUUGUUAGGUAGUUUGAUAAAUUUAAUAGAGAUAAAUAAAUAUUUCAAUAGAUUUUGUUGGUUAUCCAAAAGUUGGAAAUAGUUCUGUUAUUAAUUCAUUAAAAAGAGAAAGGUUUGGAAACUAGAUUGUGGCAAUAUGUAGUAUUAACAAAAGUAUAUAUUUAAGAUGAUGUUGAAGUUGUAUUAAAAGGAUGCGCUAGAGCAGAGAAAUUAGAAGAUCCUGAAUAUUAUAUUCCAGCAUUAUUAUAAAAAGUAAAGAUAUCUGAUUUAAAGAGAAUUCAUCAUAUUGAUGAUUAGAGGGAGGAACAUGAAUUUUUGAAGAAAGUAUCUAUAAAGAAGAGAAAAUAGGAGAAAUUCCAUUUUUGA